UUAAAAAUAUUCAAAUUUGGUGGGCAUGGAAAUUAGGGAGUCUUGGACAUAUCGCUUCAUUUGAUUGAAACAUCACUCGACCAGAUGACAAAAGACACGUUUCAGGUUCUACGUCGAUUACGUGAACAAUUCUAAUUGGUUUCUCAGUUGGUGUGGGUGGUACGAAGUAUGAACUCAGCCAAAGAAAGAACUAUCAUUUUCUUGCUAAAUAGUAUGUUUCAGUAAAAAUUUAAACAGAAAACAUUGUAAAAGAGUGAAAAUUGAUCUCACGUGCAGAAGCAGCAGAACCAAGCUAGCUACGACCUCUCUCUCUCUCUUUUUGACUAAAAGUAAUACUUUUUACUCUUUUGAAUAGUCAGUCUUGCGGAAGUGGAGUUAGUAAACACUUUUUGUGAUCUGGUCUGUAUUCAAGUUUGGCGUCUCUCUCUUCAAACAGAGAAUCCUAAACAGUUUACGAGACAUUUGAUUGUCUCUAAUGUUUGUAAACAUGUGGUUUUUCACUCUCUUUCGGUCUUUUCCAGUUGAUGUAGUAAUGGAAGCUUUGAGUCUUUAAACGGGAAUUUAUUGCCGACCAAACCCCAAACAAAAAAAAACACAGGUCUCUCUGGUAGAUACUAUUUCUAACCAUUCGAUUAUAAGGAAAAGGUUUUGACUUGUUUUGGACGAUUGGGGAUUUUCAAAUGGGUCUGUGUCAUUCGAGAAUUGAUAAGACCACUAGGAAGGUAACCGGAGCAACAAGCACCGCCACUACUACUAUGGUGGAGAGACAGAGCUCGGGGAGGCUGCGGAGGCCUAGAGAUUUAUACAGCGGCGGCGAAAUCAAUGAGAUUCAACAAGUCGUGGGUCGGCUUGUUGGCAAUGGUUCUAGUGAAAUCGCUUGUCUUUACACACAACAAGGCAAAAAAGGAACUAACCAAGACGCCAUGCUUGUCUGGGAGAAUUUUUGUUCGAGAACCGAUACAGUGUUAUGUGGUGUAUUCGAUGGACAUGGUCCAUUUGGUCAUAUGGUUUCAAAGAGAGUCCGAGAUAUGUUACCUUUCAUAUUAUCAACUCAAUUGAAAACGACCUUAAGGAAGGAACAAAGCGGCUCCAAGAAUGGCCUUGAGUCCGCUACUUGUGUAGAUGAAGAGCAGUGGUUUGAGUUACAGCCGAACGAGGAGGACGAAAAGCUACUUCCGGAGAUGUACCUCCCGUUGAAGCGGGCUUUGCUCAAGACUUGUCAACAGAUGGAUAGAGAGUUAAAAAUGCAUCCAACCAUCAAUUGUUUCUGCAGCGGAACUACUUCUGUCACUGUGAUCAAACAGGGUAAGGAUCUGGUGGUGGGAAAUAUUGGUGACUCGAGAGCUGUUCUUGCCACAAGAGACCAAGACAAUGCUUUGGUCGCUGUACCAUUGACCAUAGACUUAAAACCCGAUUUGCCAAGUGAAUCAGCAAGAAUCCAUAAAUGUAAAGGUAGAGUGUUUGCCUUACAAGACGAGCCUGAGGUUGCGCGUGUGUGGUUACCGAACAGCGAUUCACCUGGUUUAGCAAUGGCUCGAGCUUUUGGGGACUUCUGUCUUAAAGAUUACGGGCUAAUCUCUGUUCCUGAUAUCAACUACCAUCGCCUCACUGAAAGAGAUCAGUUUAUUAUUCUAGCCACAGACGGGGUAUGGGAUGUUUUAUCGAAUAAAGAAGCUGUUGAUAUUGUGGCUUCAGCUCCUAAUCGAAACACUGCAGCUCGUGCUGUAGUCGACACAGCAGUUCGAGCAUGGAGGCUCAAGUAUCCUACUUCCAAGAACGACGAUUGUGCUGUUGUAUGUCUCUUUCUUGAAGACACUUCAGCAGCAGCAUCCGUGGAAGUUUCAGAAACGGUUAAUCAUUCACAUAAAGAGUCUACAGAGAGUGUCACUAUCACAUUAAGCAAAGAUUCUGACAGGAAGGAAGAGGCUUCAACAGAAACAAAUGAGAUUGUACCGGUUUGGGAGAUAAAAGAAGAAAAGAAGCUUCAGAGUUGCAGGAUUGAGUCCAAGAAGACAACACUCGCCGAGUGUAUAUCGGUUAAGGAUGAAGAAGAGUGGUCGGCAUUGGAAGGAUUGACUAGAGUCAACAGUCUCUUGAGCAUUCCUAGGUUCUUCUCCGGCGAGCUAAGAUCAAGUAGCUGGAGAAAAUGGUUGUGAGUCAACAAAACUCAAAAAUGAUCAAACAAACAGUCGCUGAUUUUCAUUUCAUGAUUGGUUUUCUUUCCAUUGAUGACAUGAAAAUCGGUGUUAAGAAAUGUCACAAAAUGUUCACUGUUUCAUGAAGCGAGCGAAGUCAGACAAGCUUCUUCGUGGAAGAACUUAUAAAAACGUUUUUGUCUCUGCGGUGUAAGUGCUAUCAUUUCUUAAAUCUUUAUGAAGACAGCAAACUGCGAAAACUGCACACAUUA